UAAAAGUAUCGCUUAACAAGCAUACGAACAUGAAACAGCUGUACGACACAUCUUACAGUGCGCCAAUGAAUAAGUGAUGUGUCACAACGGAAUCCAGGAAGUAUAGAAGUGAAGAUAAGACGUUCUACGAAUAAUAGUUAGCUCAUUGCACAGUAAGAAUGCCAUGUAUAUGGACGAGAAUGGAGUUCAUUUAAUCAUUUAAGGAUUAUUGAUACUGCUCGAUUCAAAGAAUAUUAACAGUAUCUUAUAAGGAAGAUUAAACAUACAAUUUCGUUAAUCCACAAAAGCAAGGAGCUCGAAAACUAUUGCGUUGCUAUGAAAUAUAAUUAUUGAACCAUUUAAAAUGUAUAUGUUUUGUGUGGCUGUCGUGACAAUGUCUGCUUUGACAGACGCGUUUAACCCAAAUGCUGGAUUUAACGAUGACAGAGAUAUGUAUACCCACGAACGAAUUACUUUGGAAGCGUUAGACAGGGUUGCUGCACUUCUUCUCUUGUCCAGUGGUCACGUGACGACGUCGAGGACAACCGAGUACGAUUUCGUCAUCAAAGAAUAUUUUGGGACAGACAUCAACAGUUAUAAAAACUACAAAAUGAAGGCCCGACAGUUUGCCGACGCUGUAUCCAGUGUUUACCAGUCCUAUCACAUGGACCCUGAUUAUACUGUCAACUCUGAACGAAUCAAGGAAGCACACAUCCUAGUCAAGGACACGCGGAUGGAAAUAGCGUCGCUCCUGUUAACAGGAACGUUGAGCGAUACCGUCGUCGAGCUGCUGAUAAAGAAAGUGGGCAAAUGUCUGAUGAUCAUCCAAUCGUUCUACAGCAAUACGAACUGGGUCGAGAUGAACGGUGGAGCACCUUAUCAAGAUUUUGGUAAGUUUUCAGUGAAAUGA